CCCUGUUUCCCGGCAGGGAAUGGUGGUGGCUUUCCCAGCGACUGUCCGGGAGUCCUUGGCUGUGUCGCCGCUACUAAGCCGAAGUUUGGUCGGCUCUCUCCCUAUCGGGGGCUGGAGCCGCAGGGAUCCAGGUUCUCUCUGAGGGGGCUCACGUGUCUACCGCCUUUCAGCUGUCCGACACUGAUAGAGUGUAGGGGUCGACUUAAGGGGCAGACGGCCUGGAAGACCAUUAGACUGGUUUGAGUGCCAUGCCAAAGUGACACCAGGGAGUGUGAGGAAAUGCUUUGUAUAACCAUGAGGUAAUGUCUACCACCAGAGGCCUGAGUUCCAUGACUAAAAUGCACAUGGUAGAAUUGGGUUAUUUGCUGAAGCUUCUUCGUGCCCUUGGUAGCCCAGGAAGAAACUUACAUUUUGAUUUUUUUGUAUCAUGGCUUUGUUUCACAAAGUGCUGCGUGGUACUUAUAUUCUCAGAAAAUGCUCUAAGCCAACUUCUGCCUUGCAUCCAUUUUUGGGUAUUCGCUUUGCAGACUAUUCCAGUAGUCUUCAGAAACCAGUGGCUUCUCCUGGCAAAGCUUCCUCACAGAGGAAGACUGAAGGGGGUUUGCAAGGACAUCACCAGAAAGAAGUUGCUUUGGAUAUAACUUCUCCUGAGGAGAAACCUGAUGUUAGUUUCGAUAAAGCAAUUAGAGAUGAAGCAAUGGACCAUUUUAGGCGUUUGAAGGAUGAAAUUGUGAAUCAUUGGAAGGGACCGGAAGGCCGCCCUCUGCAAGAGGCCUUGCUGGAACAAGCCAAGGUUGUCUGGCAGUUCCGGGGGAAAGAAGAUUUGGAUAAGUGGAGAGUGACUUCUGAUAAGACGAUUGGAGGCAGAAGUGAAGUGUUUUUGAAAAUGGGCAAGAAUAACCAAAGUGCACUGCUCUAUGGAACUCUGAGCUCUGAGGCACCUCAGGACGGGGAGUCUGCCCGUAGUGGGUACUGUGCAAUGAUAUCCAGGAUUCCAAGGGGUGCUUUUGAGAGGAAGUUGUCUUAUGAUUGGUCGCAGUUCAAUACUCUGUAUCUCCGUGUACGUGGGGAUGGUCGGCCUUGGAUGGUGAAUAUCAAGGAGGACACAGAUUUCCUCCAGAGGACGAAUCAGAUGUAUAGUUACUUCAUGUUCACCCGUGGGGGACCCUACUGGCAGGAGGUCAAGAUUCCUUUUUCCAAAUUUUUCUUCUCUAAUCGAGGAAGAAUCCGGGAUGUUCAGCAUGAGCUUCUGCUUGACAAGAUCUCUUCUAUAGGAUUCACCUUGGCUGACAAAGUGGAUGGUCCAUUCUUCCUGGAGAUAGAUUUUAUUGGAGUGUUUACUGAUCCAGCCCAUACAGAAGAAUUUGCCUAUGAAAAUUCUCCAGAGCUUAACCCAAGGCUUUUUAAGUAAAGAUUAUGUGGUAGUUUUGUUUUACUACUCUAAGGGUACUAGCAUCUAUAAUGAUGUAGACAAAAUAAAAUAUUUCUUUAGUGGCAUCCAA